UCAGUACGCUGUCGACCUCGAACGAGCGUGGACGCUUAUUUGCUCCUUCGGCAAGCAUCUUUCGGUUCGACAUUAAAAACGUUUAGAAAAAAACACGAAGAAAAACUUAUCGCGAGGUAUAGAACGAACGAUAUCAUUCGUUCAAAGGAUAUAUUAUACGCGUUCGUGUGACUCCACUUGUUGGAUUUUUGGAUUACCUUGGAGAGGAAAUAGACGAGUUUUUUUUUUCUACCCUUUCUUUUUUUUUUUUUUUUUUUUUUUUUGCCUUUUCUUCACUUUUGUCAAUCAAUUAAUUUAUUUUACACCAUUGUCAUUGACACGUGACACAGCGCAAGGAGACAGAUUAGAAGAUUCAGUGUCGUGAACCUUUCAAGUGCGCGGGUGUUUGGAGAAUCAAGAUCUGAUUUCUCUUAUUUCGAGAGAAGAUCUUUUUUUUUUAGCUGUGAACGUGCGCGUUCAUGAGAGGAAAAUGAGCGGACACGUGGUGGAAACAACGUCAGAGCUCUCCGCUUUUAUGAAAGCUGGUGUAAUGGCGGGCUCCGAGAGAGACGCUGGAUUCUGCAGCGGUGGCGACGAGGACGACAUGUCUGGUUUGCACUCGCCAAGUGCCUCCGAGGACAGCGUCGAGGUUCAAGUGAUACCAAUUUCCUUGAGAAACAAGAGAAAACUCGCCGAACCGAGAAAAAUACAAGAGCCGAGUACGGCACCGUUAAAGAAGAGAAGAUUCGAACAAAUCGAGGAAAGGGUUGUUGCUGACGAAGAAUCGAGACCAGCCAGAUCACCGAGUCCCUUCAGACCUUGGAGCAGCACGUCGAGCAAAAGUAACGAGACGAAGGCGAGCACAACGAAAACGGCAUCUUCGACUACGACAGCGUCGAAUGGCAACGCUGUUUCUACGAUCGUAUCUGCCACGUCGAGUGGUGCUCGUGGAAUAGAAAGAGAAGAGGAAGAGACCAGAAGAAGGGAAGAAGGUAGAAUCGAAGAAGAAGCGUUGCUGAGGUUACGAGAGACGAGCAACCGCAGGCCAGAUUCUCCGAUUCAAGUUCGUAACGCGAUUCCGAGACGAGAAAUACGUCAGAGGUUCGAACAACCAGCACCUACGAGUAAUAAUUCUCCAGCUCCUCUUGCACCUGGUAUCAUUCUUCCACCGCAUCCGAAACUUCAAGAGGAACCAUUGGCACUCGUUUUAAGAGGAGAAAUUCCAAGAGUGCCUUCGCAUCCGGCCGUGAGCGGAACGUACGAAAGAGUACCGCCGUCUUAUCCGGUAGAUAAUGGUCAUCAUCAUCAACAGUCGCAUCACCAUCAUCACCAUCAUCAUCAUCACCAUCAUCAUCAUCAGCAGCAUCAUCAUCCUGUACCACCGCAUCGGCAACAAAGUCAUCAAUCUCCAGCCAUCCAACAGACCAAUCAUUCGAGGCAUCAUCAGGGUAAUGCUGCCGGUGGAGGAAGUGGCCAACAACGAAAUUACAAAAAUAUGACCCGUGAAAGAAGGAUCGAAGCGAAUGCCAGAGAAAGAACGCGGGUUCAUACUAUAAGCGCCGCUUUCGACACUCUCAGACGGGCUAUACCGGCUUAUUCGCAUAAUCAAAAGCUUUCAAAGCUCUCUGUACUUAGGAUCGCAUGCAGUUACAUAAUGACUCUAAGUAAGAUCGUCAACACCCCAGAAGGCGAAUCGACGACCGGUGCGUCUCUCGGUGCCUGCGUAGAUCUCGUCUCCAGGACCAUUCAAACCGAAGGGAAACUUAGAAAGAGGAAAGACGAUUAAGAACAGAGUCAGAGAGAGAGAGAGAGAGAGAGAGAGAGAGAGAGAGAAAUUCUUCUUCUUUCUAGUUUUGCUUUUAGGCAUGGCAUCUAAACGAAGCUCCUCCACCGAAGUUAAUAGAGUGUGCCCGAUGCCCUAGUUUCUAAACGUCGAAUCGCAAGAAAAUUCUAUAUCGACGUUUAUUACGUACAUCCUCGUUGGCAAAUUUAUAUACAUAUUACUAUAAUAAGAAUGAAGACUCUAUAUUUAUCCGAUUGAUCUAUUGUCGUUUUUUCGCUAAACAAGUUCGACGAUAAUCCUUUUGAAGAUAGAAAUUGUUCUUGUAACAAAUUUAACGCUUAUUUCUAAAGGUUUAUUCGCCGUAACUCGAGAGAUCUGCGAACGGUCGAAUAAUUUCAAAACGCAUUUACGCAAUAACGAAAAGUAAGACAAUAAAUACCAAUCGCCAGAGCUCGAAUAUUUGACCGCUCGAACUUCUCUUGGAUAUCAAGUUCCGAAAAUCAUUGCGAUCUCGAAGGAUUUCAUUCGUACUUAACUUGUAUUCAUCGAGCUUAAGGAAUAAUACCGUAGCGUGAAAUAUUAACUUUUAAUUUCAUUUAAAUGCAAAAUGUUGUCGGAACGAAUGGUACAAAAAUUCCGAUCGUUGCUCGCAUGAAAACUAUAUUAAAAAUUAUUAAAGAAUGGUGUAACGUUUCAUAUGUUAGUAGAUUCAAACUGAUUGACAAAUGAUACUUAGAAAUGAGAUGUGUUGUACAGGUCGAUGGUUUUUAUUCGCGUUUGUCUUUUCUACAUAAAAGAGAGAAAGAGAGAGAGAGAGAGAGGGAGAGAGAUCUCGCUCUUAAUAAAAAUGAUGAUAAUAUCGAGUGGUACACAAGUAUACAUCGAUGCGAGCUCUAAUAAAGUUUAAGUUAAUCGCUAAAAGGCGUGUAAAUAUAUUACUCCGAGUUGCCAUAAAUAGGCUACGCCGUGCAUAUUAGUUACGUUAUUACAAAAUAAGAAUAUUAUUGUCGAUAUAGAAUAUAUUAUUAAAAAAAAAAA